CUUCCUUCCAACAUGCUCCACGCGCGACAGCAGGCUCCAAGUGACCAACUCACGCGCUAUAAGAAAAUGUCCAACAGCAAAAGACGCUACAGCAGACUCCGGCUCAACAGCCUUGCCAUGUUAAUUUGUCUACUGUGCAGUGGCCUUGCCAGUACAAAUGCCGCCGUACAUUACUAUCAAAUAGUUCCAACGGGAAGCGUAGGCGUCGUAGGCGGCCAUUCGUCUUUGUUACGACUGACGCGCGAUCUUUCUGCCAAGCUAAUGCUGGAGGAGCCGGCAGUAAAGGAAAUCAGUUCUACAACGGAACCAACGCCGACCGUGGUCGACCAACUGCAAGGGCAGUGCUUGCAGGACGGUGUUCUAGUGGCGGAGACGAGUGUUACGUGUGAGAAGAAACAGGAUUGUCGUGCCAUACAGAAGACAGGGCAUUGCUGUCCAGAUUACAAAUGUGACUGCCAGAAGGAUGGUAUAAAUUAUAUGAAUGGUGAUAAGCUGGUAGAUCCGGAAACACCCUGUACAGUGUGCUAUUGUCAAGGUGGGGAAAUACUUUGCAGUUCAGUGACAUGCUUCCAAAGGGACGAUUGCAAACCAAAGUACAUACCCGGACGUUGCUGCCCUGAAUACCAUAAUUGUCCUGUCUCCAUCUUCGAUCCCAGCCAUAAUGUAAAUCAAUCAAACAAUCUACCAAGUCCAGUUGCCGAAGCGAACGCUGUCACCUCCCCAACAACGCAAACCGCAGCACCCGUAAUCGUGGCACAACCGAACAUCACAAUCAAAGAGAUCACCAAACCGAUUGAGAUACGUAUUACCGAUGACAACAAGGCCAUACCGAUUCAUCAAAUGCUCAAACCUCAGACUACAGCAGCAACUACUACAACAACAGCAACAACAGCAAGUGAACAAACAUCAACAACAGCAGCAUUUGUAGCAACGGGCGAUAUCAGCACAACUCAAACGCCGGCAGCGGCAGCAGCAACAAAUCCAACAAAUCCAACAAACAUAGAGCACAACGACAACAACAACAACAACAACAACAGUGGUGAAUUAACCAAUACCAACAUUAAAGUCACCAGCAACGAAAGUUUCACCACAGACAACAACCGUCAAAUUCUACUUCCAGUCGCCGGGGACGUUAAUAGUGUGGAGAGCUUAAAGCUUAGCGCUUCAGUCGCUUAUCCGAGCACAGAACGAAAUACAGUAACGGCGAUUUUAACACCAAAUGGUGCAAGCGUGGAAAAUAGCAGUGAGGUUUCCGCGGAGGUGUCUCAGUUAAUAGAAGAUGGCAGCGGAAUACCCGCUUUUGGCGCACAAGAGCUUCAACAUGAGGCGAUCUCAAGCGAUCCAACGAAAGUGAAUAUCAAGCGUGAGAAUUUAGCAACAACUGAGCGCACCACUGGUAGUGUAGUUGGUGAGGAAUAUGGUUCAUCGGAGCUGCUGGACGGCAACAGCAAUGUGCAAAAUGGCGGUUUACUCACACAAGGCACAUUUGAUUUGGAGCCAGAAACCGCAGGUAGUGAUAACAUAUAUCACAUCAUCUUGACCACUUCCGGACCACGUGUUGACGAAAGUACAGAUGCUUUUGCCGGUUUUCAUAUAACUGAAGAUCUUCAAAACCCUGUCGAUGUGGAGAUACAAGCCGAAGCUUCCAAUCCACAACACUCUGUAAUUCUGCCCCCUCCGCAGUUAUUAAACUUUACUAAGUCUCCAAUAGAUUUGCGAAAUACAACAAAAUCAACAACCACAGCGCCUGUUAAGCCAACCGUUAGUACAGAUGCGCCCGAGUUAACAUCCGUCUCCACAGAGUCGGCAAAACACACAAGUGACAGCGCGCAUCAUAUUGAAGACGAAGAAACCGCUAUACCAAUGGAAGCGAACCCAGCCUAUCCUUCACUACCCGAAGAUGAUUUUAGCUUGCGCGACGUAAACUUUCCACUAAACGAAGCCGAUGAUGCUUUCGAGGCAGAUUCCAAAGAUGAACAACGAAGUAUUGGUGUUAGCGCUUUCGACGCUGCCCGGCCACGUAGGCCGACAGAGGAGGGUAGUGGCAGUGGUGCUGAAUUGAUUAUGAGUUCGUCUACUGCAGGCUAUGAGGCUGAGCAAACUUCGGAGAGUGCAACAAAAGUAACCACAAAAGUUGCACUUCUUAUGAACUCAGCUGAAGAUCUUUCAGCCGAGACAGCAAUUUCUAACAGCAGCGAUUUUCAAUUAGAUCGUCUGUCACGACUCGCAAAUAAUUAUUCCAAUACGGAUUCUACCGAAUCACAGGAAGAUCAGUUAAGCAGUGAAUUGGGUAGCGGUAGUGGUGAGUCAACGGAAAUGGUAAAAAAAAUUAACAAAAGGCGAGAACCCACCACACCACGACCAACACCACACGCUGCCGUGCAAGUAGAUAUCGACGAGUUGGGCGACAACGCUUCGGGCGAUGGUAAAAGUGAUCCUGCGGACGAUCCUAAGCUAGAUGCGGAGAGUAUAAAAGCAGAUGAGAAUGUAGAGGAGGGUAUAGUAAAGCAAGAGGGAGGCCACAAGGAGGAUGUGUUGACCGUGAAUACGAAGCCGGCUGAGGAGCAUGCUGUGGAGGAAUUACCCGUAGCGCAGGCUUUUGGCAGUAUACAGCGAACGUUGCUGCGUUUUCUUUGAAAACAACAAUUUUGGAAAGUUAAGUUUUGAAAAACGUUUAAAAGAAACUAGGUAAUAUUUGUAUUGAGUACAGUAUGCUGUAAAUAUAUAUUGAAGAUAAGUAAUGUCUUUACUUAUUGAUUUCUUUUAUUAUUAUUUUUUGCUUGAUUGAGCAAAAGCGUAACUAAGCAUUAUGAGUAUUGAUAUUGAGUAUUGAUCAAAUGCAUGACUUUUAGUUUGUAAAUGAAAUAUGUAUGGACGUAUGUACGGAGAAAAUAUACACAUGAGAAAGAUUGGAGAAUUUUUUUUUUUUUAAAUUCACUCAAAAAUUUGUAAAUUAGCACUUACAUGAAAAUUGCCAUUUUACGACUUAAUGCAUACUUUCAGUUAUGCUCUAAGAGUUUUACUAAAUUUAAGAGUUGUUGUGGAACCCGUAACAGUUCAUUUUCAAAUAUGAAUGAAUUUUUCUAAAAAAAAAAAAUAAAAUAAAAAUUAUGAUUGUAUGUUAUAUGAAGUAGAUUUUAUAAUGAAAACAUUUCUUAGACAAAAGUACUUUAAGUUUAAGUAAUAUUAUAUUAUUUGUAUGCACACAUACACGUAUGUAUAUAUAAAUAUUCAAUGUGGCCGAGAAUUAAU